CGGCUGAGCCUCCCGGUUGCUAUGGGUACCAAAGUAACAAGGUCGCUAAGGAGACCAAAGCGGAAACUGAGGAGCAGGCUGGCUGAAGUGGCAAAAGGCUGGGGUCUCCGAAAAAUUAGUCUUACCAACUGGAAUAUUUUUACCAAUAUUAGCAAUAAUCAUGAACACUAAAGAUUUUGUAGUUCUUCCAUGGGGAAAAUCUGGAAAUUCUAUAAAACUAAAAUAUAAAAAUGUUCAAGAACUGCAAAUGGAGAAGAUACAAUUGGAAUUGGAGAACCAAGAGUUGGAAAGGAAAUUACAAGAAUUCAAGUCAACAAAGAGUAGAGAAAAGAAGGAAAUGAAGUCAAAUGAAUAUCAUUGGAAAUCAGGAAAAGUGGCCAAACUGAGUAAUCAGUCACAUAUGCUUUCACAAAAUAAAGGAACUGCUAUUAAGCUUUCUCCCGGUAAAGUGAAAUUAAAAUUACUGAAGCAGCAACUUCAAGAUCCAGUGAAAACACCUAUUAAUUACAAAAUGGAAAAUUUUUCUAGAAGUGAAAAACCCAAGAUAAAAGGGAAGGUUUGUGGACAAUGUGAGAACAAAGCUGCUCUGCUCGUUUGCCUUGAUUGUGGUGAAGAUUAUUGUUCGGGAUGCUUUGCUAAAAUACACCAGAAGGGGGCACUAAAGCUCCACAGAACAACUCUUGUGCAGGCAAGAUCUCAAGUAUUAUCCAGAGUUUUGGAUGUUGCCCAUGGAUUUAUAAAGGAGUUUAAUACAGUUGAAAUCAAAGGAAAGAACAGUUCUAUGAAAGAGACCAGUGAGAGUCAACACAUGGCCAAACCUUUAGCUCUGAAAGAAAGCUGCACUGAGGUAGAAAUUACAACAACAAAAAGAGCUGAAUGUACAGAGCCAAAAGACAGGCUCUUGUUUGAAGGGUCAUUUGAUGAAGGCACUUCUGCCCAGUCCUUUCAAGAGGCAUUAAGUCAGUGGAGAACUGGAAACAGUGGGGACCAGGAGAAACAGAACUUACUUUCAGCAAAGCCAGACUCAUUGGAAGAAUGUGCAGUACAAACUAAUUUGAAAAUUUGGAGAGAACCUAUUAAUGUUGAAUUUAAAGAAGAAAGUCUCUCCUAUAUGGAAAAAUUAUGGCUUAAAAAACACAGAAGAACUCCACAGGAACAAGCUCUUAGCCUGCUACCAGAUACAUUCAUGCAUCCAUGUGAAGCUAGUAGUGAGGCAUGGUGCCUUCAGAAUGGAAAUGAUGAAGAUGAUGAUGUCCAGGGGACCAAAGCACAAUACCCAGCAUUGUUUAUGCCAGUAGAAGAAUUAAACACAGAGAGACCUGAACCAUCUAUAAAGAUAAUAGAAUUGGAUGAUACUUAUGAAGAGGAACUUGAAGAACCAGGAGACUUUGUGCCUUACAAAGUUGAAUUAGCUAAUGCAGAUUGCCAGCUAAGGCAUACAUUUCAUGAUUAUGAGAAGUACAAAUUUCCAUGUGAAAAUGACAGCUAUCAAGACCAUAUUUUUGACAAAGUAAAAACAGAUCUCUCAAAUUUUGCUUUGCCUUACAACUCUACAUAUUAUAAAGAUUAUAUAAAAGUGAUCACUUGUGAUUUUAAUGCAGUUUACUUGAUUUUUUCCUUUUUUGUUUUAGGCCAGAAAUCACAUAGAUCAACAGCAAACUUACCACUUUCCAACAGUAGUGAAAAGAGCUCCAGCUGCCUUUUGUCCUCUCAUCCUCAAUCAAGAAAUGCAGCUGCUCAGUCAUUAUCUGGAUCUGCUUUUGAAAUUUCAGAAACUGAAUACAUUGAUAAAAUUGGUGACAAUGUGCUUUUCUUAGACAACAUUUCUGAUCACCAAUUCUUAGAUGGUUCAGAAAAAGAAUUAAAUAUACUUAUAAAUCCUGCAGAUCCUACAGAAAAAGUUUGCAACCCAAACACAGAAGAGUUACCAGCUUUCAACAACAAUUCCCUCAACAGAAGUCAGAUAUCUUCAGAUUUCUUCAAUACCUCAAAUGUGAAGAGCCUCUGUGAAGUUGAAGAAUUAAGCUCUUCUAGAAAAGAUACCAAAAUGCAAUCUUUGCUGUCACUUUCUGAGAGCAGUAUGGAUGAUGAAACAGAAGAUUUUCUUGACAAACUACUUGUCAUCACACUAUCACGGUCAAAGAGUAUUUAGAGACCACUUGUUAAUUAUUUUUCCAUUUUGUACUCAGAGUAAAGCAAACAACAGAAAAUUGUUGCUGAUUACCUUUCCAGGCACUGGAGAUUUUGAUUAUUAAUGUCUCUGAUAUUUCAAGGCUUGCAAACAAAUAAAAAAAGUGAAAUUGUAA